AUGCUGUGUACAACUACUACCUCUAGUGCUAGCACGACUGCUACAGAUACUAGUGUUACCACUACCACCACUACCAUGCCAAACGAUCAACCAUCAUCAGGUAAAUCAACCUCAAGAAAGAAAAAGAAUAUUAUAAGUAAAGAGAACAAUUCAUACUAUGGACUUCUAAGUAGUCCCAAUAUCAAACGAGUAACAUUAGGAAAAUAUGAAUUUGAAACUUGGUAUGGAAAUGCUGCUUAUUUUAAUCCCAAUGAUGUGGCUCAUACUUGUUUAGGUUAUGAAUAUUCCAAUAAAGUCGCUCAAGAUCCAAGCUUAAGAAAACUCUUUAGAUCCAGUAGUGUCAAUAAUAACAAUAACAACAGCAACAACAACAACAAUCUAACUUCCCAACAGGGAGAGAAUGGGUUUCAAUAUUGGUUGGAUCAUUUAUAUGUAUGUGAGUAUUGUUUCAAAUACACUACCAAUGAACAAGAACUAAGCCAACAUGUCCAACUUUGCAAGUACAACAAACCACGUCCAACAAUUGGGAAACUAUUAUAUCGAGAUGACAUCCUGGGUCCAUAUAUGAUUCGAGAAAUCCAAGGGUUUAAAAAUACCUUAUUUUGUCAAAAUCUAUGUUUAUUCGGCAAGUUAUUCCUUGAUGAUAAAUCAGUUUAUUAUAGUAUAGAUCAUUUUAAUUUCUAUGUUUUAUACGGAUAUGAUCUUAGUGAUGAAUAUCCCCGAAAUUUCAAACCGAUGGGAUUCUUCUCCAAAGAAGUUCUAUCUUAUGAUAAUGACAAUAAUUUGGCAUGUAUUUGUGUAUUUCCUUCAUAUCAACGACGUCGACUCGGGUCAUUGUUAAUUGAGUUUCUGUAUGCAUUGGCUAGAGUAACUCCAGGUCAAUAUCGAAGUGGUCCAGAGUUCCCACUCUCACCAUAUGGGAAAGUAACAUAUUUACGAUUUUGGUCAAAGAAAUUGGCGUAUUUAAUACUUCAAAAGAAAAAGUUACAACAAGAAAUAACAUUGGUGGAACUAUCUAAUGAAACUGGGUUUCGAAAAGAGGAUAUUUUGUAUACUUUGGAGUAUACGCAAUGUUUACAUUUUGAUUCUAAUAAUGAUGUUCAGUUAUCGCUACCAAAUCUUGAGAAGUGGUGUUUAGAAAAUAGCAUUAAUCCAAGUCGGGAUAUACCUCUUCUAAAACAAGAGUGCUUGGUUAUAUAA